AUGUUUAUUUGUAGGAUGACUUUCCUGCGCUUAAUCCCCCAAAAACUCACAUUUGGUCCAAAAAAAAAAGAAAAAAUGAAACACUGGUCAAGAUUGUUGAAGCAUUUUUACCAUCGAUACGAGUUUAUAAAGAAAUUAAUAAAUGCUAUAUGGAUAUUUAAGGGGUGUUUAUUUGUAUACUUGCGUGUUAAAGCUGCGUGUUGUGGUUAUUUUUUGUGUUACUAUGCAGCAGCUUUUCAUUGGAGCUGCGGGUUGUCACUCAGACGCUCAGGGUGGGCGACACAAACCCGCAGAGCUGUAAAAAACCGAGCAUCCCAUUGUGCAGUCUGUAGGGGUGACCCAUUGACCGGUUCCAUGCGCACUACUAUGGGGUGGCUUUGGAUCGCCGUGGCAACGUGUGUGCUCGCGUCCCGCUCUGUCAAAGGCAGCGACUGGUGGUGGGAAUAUGAGGAGGGGAUACGACACUACAGCAAGGAGGCGCUCAAUAAGGAGUUUCCAGAGAAAACUCGACCAGUGAGCUUUAAGCAUCCAGAGUUUCUGUGUCCGGACAUGAGUCCUUCUCCUUCUGUCCCGUCUUCAGUGGAGUUUGUGAAGGCGGCUGAUAUCAAAGUCAUCGCUGCUUUGGGGGAUUCUCUGACAACAGCCAUCGGUGCGAACGCCACCACUGUCCUCGGGAUUCCCAUCGAGUUUCGCCACGUGUCCUGGAGCAUCGGAGGUUACGGUACUUUUCAAGAUGUCAUUACUUUGGCAAAUCUUAUAAAGUUAUUCAAUCCCAACGUGCUCGGCGCUGCUCCUGGGAAGACGGUUCACGGGAUGCAGGCUCAUAUCAGUGAGACGGGCUUUAACCUGGCCGUUACCGGACACAACACCUUCAACUUGCCCGGACAGACGAGACAUCUCAUUGACACUCUGAGAGCUUACGAGGGUCUGAACUUUGAGGAGGACUGGAAGCUUCUGACGAUCCUCAUGGGCAUGAACGACAUCUGUGAUUACUGCAAAGACAAGGUUUGUCUUCUGUUUCUGCAGAAUGUCGCCUGUUUACUUUCCUCUGAUGAAUCUUUCUGUUCUUUCCAGGCUCUUUUCUCGGUGGAUAACUUCAUUCACUACAUGACUGUCUCUCUGGAAAUGCUCAUGAACGAGGUUCCUCGUAUGAUCGUCAAUGUGGUUCAGAUUCUGCCCAUGCAGACUCUGAGGGAGGUCCAGAAGCCAACACCGGGGUGUUUACUCCAAAGGUCCUUCUGUUCGUGCCUCAUUGAGCCGGUACCCAGAUCUCCUGAACUGAGGGAACUGGUGGAGGUUAAUCUGGAGUUCCAGAAACGUCUGGAGCAGCUGCUGCACAGCGACCGCUUCUUCAGGGACAACUUCGCCGUCGUCCUUCAGCCUUUUCUGAAACAUGCCGACCCUCCUCGGCUCCAGAACGGGAAGAUCGAUAUGACCUUCUUCACUCACGACUGCUUCCACUUCACCAUGAAGGGCCACGAGGAGCUGGCCAAGGGCCUCUGGAACAACAUGUUUCAGCCUGAAGGAGGGAAGAUGAUUGUGAACAGUUUCUCUGAUCCCAUCGGACUCAUCUGUCCACCGAUGGAACAUCCGUACAUCUUCACCCGACCGAUUGCGGCCAAAUCCAAGCAGCCUAAACCUCAGUCCGACUCUCAAACCAUCUUCCUGCUGCUCAUCGUGGGUUUUGCUCAUCUUGGAUUCAUGUAGCUUUUACAGCAGGUGAUACGAAAACUAAGACCUACUCUGCAACUUUGACUGUCUGAGACCCCAACAUGGAGGAACUGACUGCAGUUAAAGUGACAGUGACAACAUGGCUGCUGCACUUUAGCAGAAAGUUUCAUAUUUAUCUUCUGGGAUUUAAUUACGUUUCCCUCCACACUGGCAGCAACGAGACGAUCCUUUGUGUUCCAGGGAUUCAGGCUAAUGGCAAACACCGAAUGUAUUUUUAAUGCAACUCUGCUGCUUUAUGCAAACUGCACUUGUUGUAAUUAGCCGAGGAUGAAGAUCACAUUUAUACAUUCAUACAUAAAAUAUUAAAGUACUCACACUUUGCCCAAGCUCAGUGGAUGUUUGUUCAACCACCAGUGUUUUCUUGUGUAGCCUGAGGAACUAUUCAGGUCCCUUUACUCAAGUAAAACUACUAAUUUAAAGUAGGCUGUAGAAAUAGGAGCAGUCCGACUUAAAGGCAUUAUGGAAGAUGGUUUUUUUUUUGUUUAAUUUGUCUGAUUCACAUAAAAUGAAUAUACUGACCUUUAGUGGACUUGUAUGUAUGGUUUUUAAAAAAAAUAACUGUGGACAAGGCAGGACCUGAAAAACAUCAGCGAAUCAACGCGCUCGGACCGAGGCGUUUGGUUUGCUCCCUUUCCUGUCAAUCAAAAAUCUUCCGGCUCAGGCCUAGUUACGUAGAUUACGUACGCCUUGGACUUACGUGUUUUGUGUAUGUGUUGCUUUGGUAUAGCUUCGUAGUUAGCUGGCGACUUGUUUUGCUCAUCUUUUUUUACAUAAUGGCAGAUAAAGAUCCAGGGGGACCCAGCCGUAAAAGACAACUUCACGAGUGCUACGCAAGUUUCUGGAGGGGGGCGUUUCUUCGUAAAUGUUAAGAGGGGGGAGGUUAGAGAGGGGUGAGGGAGAGGUUGUAUGUGUGCAUGCGCAUGCUACGUUCAAAGUCGUAGGAAAUUAAAUCUCCUCUAAUGCCUUUAAGUAAAAGUAUGUUGAGGCAAUCAGAAAAAUGGACUUCAAGUGUUAAAAGUAAAACUAGUUAGUGUAGAAAAAAAGUCCCUUGUGAAUGUUAUACUGUUAGAUAUAAUAGUAUGACAUAAUGUAUUCAUGUAAAAGCAGGAUUUUAUUGGUGAAGUUGGUUGAACUUGAACUGUUAACUGCAACUAAAGACCAUUUUCAUUCUGGAUCAAUCUGCUGAUCAAUCAAAUGAUUGUGUCAUUUGUUUAAAAAAUGUAAAUAGUGAGAUAUACUAUCAAAACUUUUUGUCCAACCAACAGGACAAACCUCUAAAAUAUUUUAAAUGCACUCAAGUUAUUAAAAUGAUUAAAAGGAAAAGCAGCAGAUCUUCAUAUUUGUAAAACCAGAAUCAUAAUUUUUUUUGACACGAAAUGAUUAUCAAAAAAGUUGGCCAUUUACCUAUUAAUUAUAGUUUUAUAAGCUGUCAGGUGGUUUCUUUAAACAUAAUUGUGUAAAAUGUACUCAGUGUGAAAAGUAAAGGUGCAGAAAAUA